AUGAUAACAAAUUUAUUCUCAGUCUUUGAUCCUACAUCAAGAGUUCUUAUACUCCCUCUUAACUGAAUAUCUACCUUCCUUGGAAUGAUAUUUUUGCCUAUACUUUAUUGAGCAAUACCAUCACGAUGAUCCCUAUUAUGAACUUUGAUUACAAGAACUCUUCACAAAGAAUUUAAAACUUUAUUAGGUUCAUCUCAUUUUGGAACUACACUCAUAUUUGUUAGUCUUUUUAGCCUUAUUGUUUUUAAUAACUUUUUAGGUCUACUUCCAUACGUUUUUACAAGCACAAGACAUCUUACUAUAACACUAGCUCUUGCCCUACCUUUAUGAGUAGCCUUUAUAAUAUUCGGAUGAAUUAACCACACUCAACAUAUGUUUGCUCAUCUUGUUCCGCAAGGGACUCCCGGAGCUCUUAUACCUUUUAUAGUAUUAAUUGAAACCAUCAGAAAUGUAAUCCGACCUGGUACCUUAGCAGUGCGAUUAGCAGCUAAUAUAAUUGCAGGCCACCUAUUACUUACUCUUUUAGGAAGAACUGGUCCUUCCUUAUCAGCUACAUUGAUUUCUAUGCUUAUUAUUGGACAGAUCCUAUUAUUAAUUCUUGAAGCUGCUGUAGCAGUUAUUCAGUCAUAUGUAUUUGCAGUAUUAAGAACCCUUUAUGCUAGCGAAGUCACAUAA